CGUGCUCGCCGCAUGGUCCGCGGUAGGUACGGCAACAAUCAUCGCAGCUGUCUCGACCACACCGACAAGGCCCCGAGAAAGAGAACGGACGGCGGAGGAGCGAACACGGACGGCGGCUAUGGGUAAAGCUCCUUGAUCCACUUCCGCCCGAGACUCUGCCACCAUCUCUCUUGCGCCUCACCUCAAGCUCAACACCACACGUCGCCCUCCAUGGGCGUCUCCUCACCCGCCGCGUUGAGCCCCCGGCCUAAGCCGCCAGGCUCGCACCUUGCAGUCCCCGACCGAGCAAAAGCGCUCUCAGGCCUCUCACGCGCCGCCAAGCCCCCUGCCAGCGCCCCAAUCACACGCACACCCAUCGAUGGCGGAGAGGCAGACAUGGCCGAGCAGAUGAACGAUGCACUGCGCUCACAGUUCGUGUCGGGUGCACGUCUCGGUGAAGGAACCUACGCCAUAGUCUACGCAGGCCACUACAGACACGACCCUACCAAGCUGGUGGCUAUCAAGAAGAUCAAGCUCAACGCCGACUUCAAAGACGGCAUCGCCAUGGACGCCAUCCGCGAAAUCAAAUACCUCUCAGAGCUGUCACAUCCAAACAUCAUAAAGCUACACGCGGUCUUUAGUACAAAGGACCAGAACCUCUCUCUCGUGCUUGAGCACCUCCCCUUGGGCGAUCUCGAAGGCCUGUGGAAGAACAAGAGCAUCACAUACAGCUCCGCCGACAUCAAAGCCUGGUCCAACAUGCUCUGCCAGGCCAUCUGGUUCUGUCACGCCAACCACGUCCUCCACCGCGACAUCAAGGGCAACAACUUGCUUAUUGCCGCCGACAACACCGUCAAACUGGCAGACUUCGGUCUCGCACGUUCCUUCGCAGACCCCGGCGCAAAAAUGACCUCCAACGUCAUCACCCGUUUUUACCGGCCUCCAGAACUCCUCUACGGCUGCCUCCACUACGCCGGCAAUGCCGACAUGUGGUCCGUCGGGUGCGUAAUCGCCGAGCUCGCGCUGCGCCAGUUCUUCCUGCCCAGCGAAACAGACCUGCAGCAACUCUCCGUUAUAAUCGAUGUCUUCGGCACGCCCAGCGAAGAGUCCUGGCCCGGCGUGGGCUCACUGAGGUACUACCAGCCGCCGCCGAACCGCAGCGCCGUCAAGCUUCCGCAGCCGCUGAGCUGGUGGAGGGGACGCCUGCCGUUGCUGGGUGACGAUGGGAUUGAUAUGGUGCGCGGCAUGUUGGCCAUGGACCCGCAGAAGCGCUUGACCGCCGAACAAGCGCUCCAGCAUCGAUACUGGACGAGUGCACCACGGCCUACAAAGAAAGAAAACUUGCCCAACGAAGGCGGGGGCAUGAAGAAGGAGGGCGAGGAUCUGAAGCGGAAAGGUGGUGAAACGCCGGCAGGCGCUGGCAGAGUCGACAAAGUCGCGCGCAAGCUUGACUUUGGUGGCAUGUGAGGCUGCCGCUGCACUUCGUUACCACAUCGAGCCAACCCUUGAGAAACGGGACUACACUCCGACGCACUGUGGAGAGGUGGGUACGAAAGCGAAUGUCAGCAAAAGCUUGACCGCGGGACCAUCUCCCCAAACAGGACCCAGGAGGGAGGUACUGUCGCGUGCUUGCCGCGGGACUCGGGGAGUCAGAAUAAGCUUCUUGCUGUGGCCCUGUCGUGGGUCGGG